AUGCAGUCGACAGCAGUCGACAGAGACUGGAAGGUGCAGGCCGGCGACGAUCUCGCGAAGAACCUCGGAGAGUCCUGUUUGCUGGCUGAUCUGGGUCCGCUUCUGCGAAUGAAGCAGGAGAAGGCAGUUCAGGAUGCCGUCGCGGCCCGCAGCGGAAGUAGCAAUGCCAGCAAUGCCAGCGGGUCGGAUGCACAGCAGACGAGCACUGCCUAUGCGAACCGAAUUGGUUCGCAGGAGAGCUUGCCAUCACUGUGCACUCCCACACCUCGUGACUCACAGGUCACAUCGAGACGGCAGAUGCCCUACCGCUGCAUCCGGCUGAACAUCUGCCUGGUGCUGGAGCGCAUCUGCAGCAGCAUCCCUCCUGGGGGCCCGGCUUUGUUCGAGGUCCCGGUGAGCCAAAUCUACGAGAUGCUUCAGGCAUCAUGCUCUCGAGCAGGUGCAUGUUCCUUCGCCUUCGGCAAGCCCAGCGACGAGGCCGGUGAGGCCGAGGAGGAGGUGGCUUGGCCCCAGGUGUGCAGCGCUGUGUCUGUGGAGCUGACAGCGGCCGUGCAGACGACCCUUGCAGCCCCUGUGGAGUUGGUGCUAGCCAGCAGCUCGAAGCAAGUGUCCGUCGCCCAGCAUCAUGCGCUUCGCACUGUCUUGAUUUCGAAAGUAUCCGCCGCAUAG